GGGGGGAGAACAAAAGCUUGUGCAGAAACACGCAGUUGCUGAAAAUUCAGAAAGCCUUCCAGAAAUGGUUGCUACUCUUAUAGCUGUAAAAUGGUAGCCAAUAAAACUGCUAGUUUCUGCUUUAAGGUUAACUUUGAAUUUCCAAAAAUCUUCUCAUCCACUGCAUUUUGUAUCAUUUUUAUUUUUGGACUUCUUGGUAACUGCUGGGGACUAAAAUCUAUUUUUACAAACUGGAGGAAGCUGGGAAACAUUAAAAUAUUUGCCUUAAACUUAUGCAUUGCUGAUAUUUUACACCUGCUUACCUUGCCAUUUUGGGUGACCUAUCAAGUGCAAGGCCAAAAAUGGAUCUUUGGACAGCCUUUCUGCAAGAUAACAAGAUUCCUGUUCAACACCAAUCUCUAUGGAAGUAUUGGAUUUCUCACAUGCAUCAGUGUGUACAGGUAUCUUGGCAUUGUAUACCCUCUGAAGGUAAAAGGCAGGAUAAAAGUAUGCCACUCAGUAGGAAUAUCCGCUCUGGUCUGGAUUAUGGUGUUGCUUCAAUGUCUGCCUGAUGUGUUCUUUGAUAAAACAUUUGGGAAAAGAGAUAAAUGCUAUGACUCAACUACAGACCAGAGCGUUGGGAGCUACUUGACAUACAGCAUUAUACUGACAGUUACUGGAUUUUUAAUCCCUUUGGUGUUAAUCGUGUGCUGCUAUGGCCACAUGGCUGUGAUUCUAGCCACUAAGAAAGACAUCGGCGACACCACACUGAAGCUGAAGUGCCUCAGGCUGGUAGUGAUCCUGGCUGUGCUCUUUUCCGUAUGCUUCAUCCCCAUCCACAUCUUCAGAAAUCUCAACCUGAUGACUCGCAUCUCAAAAAUAAAUAAAGUAUGUAAGACAUGGUAUUCCAACAUGUAUGUUGCCAGACAUGUAAGCGAAGGGCUAGCAAGUCUGAACAGUGCCAUUAACCCACUGGUAUAUCUGUUGAAUAGUGACGAACUGCUGAAGAGGUUUUUAAAUUUGGGGCGAAAACGACAAGAAGGUCCAAGUUUACCUGAACUCUCGCCUAUGAGAUCAACAUAGAAAUUAAGUAAUCUUACAUAAAAAGGGAAUGUUCAAUAUAAUCAAGUUCAUGUGUGUCUCUGUGUGUGGGGUUUUGUUUCGUUAUUUCUUUAUUAUUUCUCAAUUAACAUGUAAUGCACUGAAUGUUCAUACAAAAACUCUUGCAUGAAGUAUUGUGGAUUGUUUUUCAAUAUUAAAACUGACUGUAAAAUGGAUGGUGGUACUCCAGGUAAAGCAUAGUGUACAACAUAAAAUAUAAUAAUAAUAAUAAUUAUUAUUAUUAUUAUUAAAAUGUAUACCAAAUACCAAAAAUAAGGGUGGUUAAUACUAUUAAAGUAUUGUUCUUUAUGUGUAAUUUAUGUGUGCUUGGGUGUUUCUGCAACUACUGGUAUUUUUGGCUUUAUGUUUUUUAGUUGUUGUUGUUGUUAUUGUUGCUUUGGGGUUUUUUUUUGAGUAGGAGGAAAUGGACCUUUGCAGCUAUUAUUCAGUCAUUGUUAAUCAUGGCAAAUACUUAAUAAAAAAAAUUGAUUUAUUAAUAU